AUGGAAAAACUAGAUACCACUGUGAAAAAUAUUAAAAGUAAUGCCGAGAGAGCUGUUAAAGAUCGGGAAUUAAAUCUUGCUGAAAUUCAGAAUCAAAGGCAGAAGUUUCAUGUAGAGAUAAAACAGAUCCGAAAUAAGAUAAACGAACACCUUGACAGCUUAGAACAAAGAAUACUUCAGGAUGUAUAUGCUGCUGAGAAGAAAGUUAAAUCACAGACAGAAAACUUACUGGGAAAACUCGCUGAAAAUAUUGAAAGUUUGGAUCUAUUGCAAACUAAUAUGUCAGCUAUCAAAGAAUAUGGGUCAGACCUUCAAGCAUAUUUUUGGAGUAAAUUGUUUGAGAAAGACAUUCAGAAACAUGAAAUAUUUAUGAAGUCGUUAUUUGAGAACGGAAGUUUAAAGAAGAUCGACAUCAACUGUAAAAUUCAAGAUUUAUCCGACAUAUUGUCUACGGUUACUUCAUUUGGUUCAGUAACUGUUGAAUCGGGUUCUCCAUUGGUGGUUGUGCAGACGGAGAUGGACAAACAAGCACACACUUUUCAACGGGCGCCGCCUACACCUAUAUAUGAUAUUAAAAUGGCAUCAAAAAGUUGUUUUGAUUUUACUGGUGUCACGGGGUGUUCCGUAUCUUGUGCAGAGACACUCUUUCUGAUAGACACCAGUCAACCCCGUCUUCUGAUCUUAAAUAAAGACGGAACUUUGAAGAGUGACAUUCCUUUGUCAGAGUCAUACCAAGUUGGUGUUACCUGUAUCGAUGACGAGACAGUAGCUGUAUCAUUUCCUGGUUCAGAACAGAUUCAAAUCAUAAACAUUACAACUAAAAAUGUUGAAAGCACAAUAAAAACGGUCGGUAAGUGUUUCGGUAUAUAUUAUAUUGAUGGCUAUUUGCUGUACUGUGUUGCUAAAAGAGGUAUUCAGAAAGUAACUUUGUCAGACAAAUGCUCGUCAAACUUAGUAAAAGACGACACUUUGUCCGUGUGGAGUUAUGUAACAACUGCUGAAGACAAGAUAUUUUAUACCAAUCGCUCAAACUCCGUCGUGACAUGCUGUUCAAUGACUGGAAAGAAGGUGUGGGAAUACAAUCAUCAAUCAGUUUGUUCUCCUACAGGGAAAGCUGUAGAUAACGACUCAAUUGUGUAUGUUGCUUCAUCUCAUCACAAUACAAUAGUUGUAAUGUCGUCGAAUGGUAAACUAGCAAGAAAGCUGCUUGGAGAUGAUGCCAGAAUUAACAAUCCUUACGGACUCUCGUUUGAUGAAAAGAAAGAAAACUUGAGAGUUUGUAAUUAUUAUGGACCUGUAUUGUACGAGCUGUAUUAG